AUGCCAUGCCCGACCUUGGUUCGUCGUCUCGUUCGUGCGAAUGCUCGGCAGGUCAUUGGCGCAGGAGUCCCCGUAUCUGUAUCUGUAUCCUGGUUUGGCAACGGAUACUUGCCGAAGCCAGCUGGGAGUGCUGGAGCCUGCGUGUACCUGCGAAUAGAUGAGCAAGAAGCUGGCAGAAACCAGUCAAGCGUGGGCUGUGAGGUCCAGUCGAUCCAGUCAUUCCCGUUUGCCCUUGCACGCCACCACAGAUCCAGGGGGAUUUGGGAAUGGACCAUGUUGCCCUUCCCAGCUAGAGCCCAGCAGCAUCCAGUCCAGGCCGCCCCAAGAGGAGCCAGAGCCUAUGUACCUUGGAGUCUUGGACCUUGGUACAUAGUAGGAGAGGAGCCUCUCGGCGGCGCUACCAGCCUACCGUGGGUGCGUGGAUCCCCCCCCGGCCUCGUCGUGGCUCGCAGGAGGUCCUUCAUGGCCCGUCCCAGGCAGUCUCUUAAAAGUACCUUAAUCGCCCUCUCCACGCCCGGUGAUCCCAACCACUCUCUGUUUUUCCCUCGCCCGUUGUCACGCUGA